UCACCUUAUGGUCAAUACUGUUGUGAGUACAUCAAGAAGGGUAUUUGAGGUCUACUCCAGCAGACACAAGAUCUCCACUCCCUCAUAUUCUAAUUUACUGAAAGUAUAUGUAGUGACCACUUGGAUGUUAUCAUCCAGACGUUGAUCUGUGUAGGUGAAGUAGGCUAUGUCAUGAAUUUGUUGGUACAAACGUCCAGUCACCCUUAGCCAGCAAGUGAAAGGUUAAGGAUGUGAAUUUCAUUGUAAGCAAGUGCUGGAUAGCUAGUAACCUCCCCCUGAACUAUUAGAUAAUUAUUUUCCCAAUGCAACAGUGUUUUUUAUCAUAUAUUGGCCAUAUCUGUACCAUGCUCCCAUCUGAUCUACUCACACACCCUUUGUACCACCAUGACACGGAGGAAGUGGUACUGCCAGCUUCCCCAUGCAGGUCUGCAUUACGAGCCAGGCUCCUGUUUGCAGAGCCUUCCGCAAACAGGACUGUCAAUUAUUAAUGAGGGAGCUCAUAGCCAGGAAAUGGAGACCAAAACUGAGGGAGGGGAGGAGGGAGGACAAGAGAGAUCAGUAGGAAAAGAAAGGUGUGAGUGAGUCUGGAAGAAAGCGAGAGAGAGAGAGCUAAAGGGUAUCAAGAAGAACUUGCCAAUGAUGGUCGCUAUGACUCAGUUAGAGGACAGAUGAAUGGUGGGAUACGGAAGACCAAGAGAGAAACUUAUAGGGUGUCCAUUAAGAAUAAAAGAUUGGCAGUGCAAGAGCCAGGAUCCUUUGUUCACUUCUUAGACGGAGAAAAACCAAAAGGCUUGGACGUGUGCCUUUGGUCAAGUGUUGAAAAUCCAUGGCUACAGCUGUGGAGUUUGGAAUUCUCCAAGAUGCAGAGAGAACUCCUGAGAACAGAGAUGUAGUUACAGAUGGAAUUUUAGCAACUACACGGACGGACUCCGGAGCCAACAUGUCUCAGCCUGGGUCUGUGCAGCCCAAGGAAAACUCAGAGGGGCCCAAGGGAGUUGAGAACACUGGAUUUGUUGGGGACCCUCCACCUUAUUCUCCACCUGACCCUAAGAUUGCCCAUCUUCUGUACCCGGAUUAUCCAAACAACUACUCGGGACCAAUGCCAGUCUUAUACCAACCAGGACCCACAAUGCAGAAUGUUUACUCACAUCAAAACCUAUCACCAGGUUCAUAUCCCUAUAUCAUUAAUGACGGCUCCAUAGGAAUUCCUCCUUCAAGACCCGAUGUCAGAACAAAGGACUACAUGGUAGAGUCUGUGUUGGUCAUGAUCUUCUGCUGCUUCCUUACAGGAAUCAUAGCCGUGGUAUAUUCCCACGAGACUCGGACUGCGCUCGGCAGAGGGGACAUUAUACAAGCCCAAGAGUCAUCCCGCAAAGCUCGGUCCCUGGUACUCUUCAGUCUGCUAUUCGGAGUCUUUUUGUCCGUCAGUUGGAUAAUAUAUGUGGUAGUGGCCAUAUUUUAACGAUCAAAGUGUUUGAGGAAUGGUGGAGACUCAGAAGUUGGAUCAGCGCUGGAUUACUUGUUUUGGGGCUACCAGCUGAAACUUAAUAUUUAAAAUAAAAAAAAAUUCCCCCCAAAAAACAAAAACUACUCUUCCAUUUCAAUGGAUUUUGCUUUGAUCUGGACAAAACGCCAGGUUUGCAUUCUACAUAAUACAUUUGAACAAUAAGGUUUAUAUGGAGUCCACCUCAUAUCAAA